AUGUUCGCGCCCAAAGCUACAGUUUCCACAACAUCUCUGCGGAAUCCGCGAAGGCGCCAGCGUACAAGCUCCGGCGAAUCUAUAAAACCACCAAGUGCUAAAAGACACCGAUCAAUUCUUCGUCAAGAUGAUGAUCCAAAGAUAGGAGACCUGACAGAUCGCCCCCUUGAUCACAGAUCCCUUGCAAACGAUGUGGAUGUAGCACCCAACCCUGAUGGCGAAAUCCAACGAAAUAUUCCAAUAAGAACCAGCAAAAAAUCAGACGUUCGCAGAGGUGAUUCUGUAGAGCCGAUUAUACUAUCAAAGACGGAUUUCUAUACCGUAUGCCAAUUACCAUCUUUGCCAGAUCAAAUUCGGGGCCUUCAAUUGGACCCCUGCAAGUGUUUCUUCGCUUCCAGCUACGGGUAUGGACUUGUCAUCACCAAAUCCGAAGCCAUCAUCUGGCCAUACUCAGUUCUGGCCUCCUCGCCCUCACCUAGCGACGUAUUCCGGCUCCCUAUACCCGACUCAUAUAGUGAAGGUAGUGGUGUAGCACCGUUGGGAGUAAUUUUAUCGACGGCUACGAGUGCUACCCCCGGACUAAUGAUUUUGAUGCCACAUAAUGGAAAAAUAAUAUACUGGGAAACCGUGUCUUACGCCGCAUUACUGGGUCUCCCACGACAAAAGCAAACAGGGCUUCAGGGGUAUGUUCCAGGGAUGCUUUCGGGUGAACAUGCUACAGAAAUAGUGAACGGCGAGCCUUCCGGUGUCAUGGUCACAUUUUCAUCAGGGCGGGUUGCCCAUAUCACUGUUAGAGACUCACAGGGGAAACCGGCCAUCACAGUGAACUUCUUGAAAAAUCCACCCAAUAGUGUUGGAAUUGGGUUCCUUGGUGGUAUCAAAAACGCUCUCGGGGCGGGUUUUUGGAGAAAACAAGUUGCCGCCGUGCGUGCUGGCGAAUCAUAUCAGCGGGGACAACGGGAUAUCAUAAUCGCGACAUCGGCAGGCUUGAUAGAGAUUUGGGAUACGCACUGGAAUAAUGGAAGCCUGUUGAAAAGACAAUAUGACGUCAAAGAAGACAUGCGGCGAUGCAUGGCGGUACACGGCCUGGACGAAGGCAUGGAAUAUGAAGUUAGACUCUGGGAUCUCGUUUUCUGCUCGAGCAAAGAGAAGGCCAACGACUCGCAGAUGGAUUCUGGAAAGUCGUGGCGGGUUUCAGUUCUAGUUGGCCUUUCUUCUGGGUCAGAUAUCCGAGCAUAUGUUGUUCAGUUGAGCCUCUCCGAAAACACUCAGAUUAUAUCCACUUCCCCUAUUGGCUCGCAUGUCUUUUCAACCGGAUUUGGUAGCUUGCAGCCCCGUCUGUACGUUCCAAAGCCUUGGGGAACGGCUUUCAUCGUGUUAGGCCAAUCUGUAAUGCUGCUGUCGUUGGAGAGCGUCGACGAAACACCAAGCACACAGCUGCUGCUUGACAACGGUCAACCACGGACAUUCCACGAUUCAAUCAAUUUUCGAUCUGGGCCGGCUUAUGAGAUACUAGGGACGGGGUUCGAGGAUCAGAGCCCCGGGUGUACGUCUCCUACAUGCUUGCUCAUGAUUCGAGACUUCGGCGUGGUUCGUAUCACUGCCUUACCUAGGCAAGAAAUCGUCAAUGAUACUGACGAUGCGCAAAUCACUGCUCGGCAUAAACUUGAACAGGCUGUGUUCUAUGGUACAAUGCUAGGAAACCCGCUAGAUUUAUCGAGUAAAGGCGAUCUGAAUUUCCCAAUCAAAGAUGUUGAAGAAGCCACCCUCUGCAUCUGUCGGGGGUUACUCCAGUCUACCUCAAAGUUUAUCCCUACAACGGCCAUAUCCAUUGACCAGAAUCUGAAACUACGCGCAAAAGCUUUGGAUGAUCUUUCACGGCUUUUGAUUGAACAAAAUAAAAUCCUCGAUCGUCAAAUCUGGUGGGAAUUAUUAUGGGGCGCGGAGAAACUUGCGGCUCAAAAGGCAAUUUGGAAGCUGGAAGAGAGUGCCAGAAAAUGCAAAAACAGUGGGCCAACAUUUCUUGCUCAUGUUUUGGGAUUAAUGAGCGAGAAGUUCAAAACAAAGACGGAUGAUGCAAGCGACUCGGUACGCCACUGGUUCCUAUAUGAUACCUAUCGAAUGGAGCAUAUAGUACCUUGGAUAUUUCAUGCAAUAAAACCUCAGAAAGGGAACACCUCCAAACAAAUGCGGCAAAUGUCAGAACGCAUUUUGGAGGCCAGCGAGCUCUCUCUAGCGGUCUUGGAAACUGCAUUCAAGUACCGAGAUGAGCAUGCCUCUCGAUUCGGAAUUGGAGAUGGGUAUCUGGAAGACGGGGUCUUAAUUACUGACUACGAAGGUCUUCCUGAGUUUUGGACUUCUCAAAAUAUCAGUUACUCUGAAACGGGUCACUUGUUGGAUCUUGAGCUUGACAGCUGUAGAGCUUGGAUACACCAGACGCCAACCAAUACCGACGCAUCGGAGCAGCAAGUAGCGGGGAAAAUUGCACAAAACAGUGCGAGACACCUACGAAUCCUAGGUCAGAUGUAUUCUGAGCGGGUUCGGUGGCUAUUGGCUCAGGAGGAGCAAAAACUAAUCGAUGAGGCCAUAACGACGAAGCAAUCACACCUCAAAAAACGGAGGUGGCAACUAUUCAAACUAGCAGGCAUCGGACAAUUGGAAGAGGCCAUAAAUUUGGCGGAGAAUUUUCAAGAUAUGGGUGCUCUCGUGGAGCUAAUAAUUGAACUUCAAGACCAAAGCAAAAGCGUGAUGUUUGCGCGCGAUACAGACGUUUCAGCUAGCCUCAGGACAGGUUCAACGGAACUUGAUAAGAAAGUUACCCACUACUUUGAGAAAUUCGGGGAGGCGUGGGCUGAUGCAUUCCUUUCCCGCCAAAUAUCAAUGGGACAAUCGGGGAUAUUGUUUUCGCUGAAGAAGUUUCAACCGUUUGUUACUCAAUUUUUGCGUAAAUAUCAAUCCUACGCCAAACUCAGCUGGGUCAAUGAUGUCGUUGGCGAGGCCGAUUACGAAUCUGCUGCUAAAUCCUUGGAGACACUCGCGCUCGAGCAUGAGCAGGACAUCUGGAGUCAUCGCGUGGAACUUUCUAUGGCCAAACUCGCGCAUCUAGCAACGUAUGAAAAGGCCGAUCCUUCCAACCCUCGAGCUGUACAGGACGACAUCAGACGUCUCGAGAAACUUGCGGAAAUGAGUGCUGUUCAGGAGGCCAUUUACGCAUACAUCUCACCGAUUUUACAGGAUGCCAUCGAUCAGAAAGCCGAAAUUGAUUUGGCGACGGACCAUUUCGCGAAUUCCACCGCAGAUUCCCGACCAUCACUACAUGAACUACUCAAGAAAGCUCUCGCAGAGGUGGUAUCUCGUAAAGUGCUAAGCCUUGACCAGCUCAUCGAUCUGUUGACUCUUAUCGACUCCAGUCAAGAAUCCGAUUUUGGACAAAACGAGUUUUCUGGAAGCGAGUUUCAUUUAGCCCUGCGAGUCAUUCGACUUGGAAUUGGCGCUAAAUGUGAACCGAACUACAGCCUUGCCCUUCAAAAACUUGUUUGGCGCAGAUGCAUUCUCAGGGAUGACUGGAGUGCUAUUGGUAGGGCAGUUGAGCAGAUGGGAAGCGAAUCCGAGUCACUCUUUUAUACCACUUCGUUAUUUCGUACCCUUGUUUGGUGCUUCAAGGAUGGUAAAUAUUCUACCCGAACAGACUUUAAUAUCCGUUUGCUAAUUUGA